GUUGAAGUGGAUGCAACGACCUUCCUUCCCCUCCAACGCCAAUCCACGGACCUUGCAUCGAGCUCACAACACUCGCAGUUAGUACAUGGGUCGGUGCGGUCGUUUAAUCAUUUUCGCGCUAUUUUUAAUUUUAUUCGGCAGUAGUGGUGAAAUGGCUACAGAAAAAGUUGCGAUUUUCGACAACGAUAAAGUAAUAGAGUUCAUUUUAUCACCCGAAGAUGCAACUCGGGCUUGUAAUGAUAUUGUAUUUGCAACGUUACUGAAUGCAGCAAAAGAGGAAAGUAGUCUUAACAACCCUGGAUCUGAUGAUGGAAUUAACAACUCUGAAUUUGAUGGAGGAUUCUACAGGUGGACAACAUCUUGUGUGUUAUUGAUGUUGCAAACCUAUAAAGAAAACGAGGAAAAAUUCACCAAUGGAAAACACUCUCAAAAGAAAAUAUGGGAAGAGAUUGCCAAAAUGCUCAAAUGCAAUGGACAUAACGUAACUGGACCGAUGUGUGCUGCUAAAUUGAGAAGUUUGAAGAAAACGUAUAAAACAGUUAAGGAUCAUAAUAACAAGUCAGGCAACGGUAGAAGGUCGUGGCAAUUUUUUGAGAUCAUGGAUGAAAUAUUUUCAAAAAAAAGCAUGGUGUGCCCCUCUGGCGAUUGCAUCUUCCUCAGGACUAUCGGAAAAACGCGAAAAAGAGAAUGCAGAUGUUGAAUCUGACAAUAGUGAGUGUACAAUUGCUAUCAAGUUCCAAACAGAAUGCCAACACACUGCUUGGUAAAAGAUUGCAACAAAAACAAGAAUAUGAAGAAGCCAAAGCAAAACGACACAAAAAGAGGAUGGAAAUGGAUAAAAAGUUCCUUGCAGUUCUCGAAAAGCUGGUUAAUAAAUAAUUUAGUAUUUUUCAUUAUUCAUUGCAUUUGCACUGUGAUAAAUGUGCCUAUGAUAAAGCUAAAAAUAUAAUGAUUUGUUAAUUUUUAUUUUAAACUUGCUUUAAAAUUUUAUUUACUAUUUUAUUUUUAUUUUGAAUACAGUGUUUGCAGGAUAUUCAAUAUAAUAAGAGUAAAUAAAUAAAAAAAUAAAGUCUAAAUUAAAUAGUUUUCAGUUUAUUAGCAUAACUUUGAUAAAUGUGCCAAUUAAUUAUUAAGUAUGCCAUUUAUGUAUUAUUAUAAAUUUGAAUUCUACUUUUAUUUAUGAACAUUUACUGUAAGCCUAUUAAAAGUAUUAUUUUUGUGAUUGCAAUGAGUCUCACGGCUGUGGAAUAAAAGGACAAGAUAUAUUACUUUAUAAACAUUUUAGAUUUUAAGAUAACAUUACGUUUGUUAAUGUUUGUAAUCAGAGUUUAUGAAUAAAAAUAUCAGAAAGUACUUUUUGAUAAGCAUA